GUGAUGCGGCCGCCGAGCGCUGAAUGGCGACGGAGGCCGCGGGGAGAGGCACCGAGAGACCGCCACAGAGCAGCGCCUGAGUACCGCGGCCGCUGCUGACACAGCCCGGCAAACAUGGAGGGGAGGCGAACCGAUCCCACCCGAGUCUCUCAGUUGGAGCAGGAGUUGUAUUACCUGAUCGCCCGCUUCCUCCUGUCUGGACCCUGUCAGAAGUCGGCACGGGUGCUGAUCCAGGAGCUAGAGGAAUAUCAGCUGAUGCCGAAGCGCCUGGAUUGGGAAGGGAAGGAACAUCGCCGGAGUUUUGAGAGCCUGGUUUUAGCCAAUAAACAUGUGUCUCCAGAUCACUUACUGCAAAUGUGUCAGAGAAUUGGCCCACUUUUGGAUAAAGAGAUUCCACCCAGUGUCCCUGGAGUGCAGACAUUACUGGGACUGGGGCGACAGUCGUUAUUACGAACUACAAAAGAUUGCAAACAUGUAGCAUGGAAAGGCUCUGCCUUUGCUGCCCUUCAUCGAGGCAGACCACCAGAACCACCUGUGAAUUAUGGGAAGUCUCCAAAUAUUGUGAGCGUCAUCAAUGCCAAACAGUUAACAGGAUGUGGACGUCGCAGCCAUGUUUUCCCUGUUGUUGUGUACCAGCAUGUGAAAAUGUACAAAAGGAUACUUGGGCAUCUUUCCUCUGUGUACUGUGUAGCAUUUGACCGUACAGGGAGAAGAAUUUUCACGGGUUCAGAUGAUUGCUUGGUGAAGAUUUGGGCCACAGAUGAUGGACGGCUCCUGUCCACUCUGCGAGGGCACUCGGCUGAGAUUUCUGAUAUGGCUGUUAACUAUGAGAACACACUAAUUGCUGCAGGCAGCUGUGAUAAAGUGAUCCGUGUUUGGUGCUUGCGUACAUGUGCUCCAGUCGCUGUUUUACAAGGGCAUACAGGAUCCAUAACCUCUUUAUUGGUAAUGAGAUUGUAUUUUUGUUUCAUUUCUAUUUCUGAAUGGCCUAGUUUUUGGACACAACACAAAGGAUAAUGCACUGAAAAGUGAAAUGAGUUGAAAUAGGCUUGUUGUGAUAUAUUAUUUUAGUGGUUCUUUAAAAAUGUGCCUCAGGAUUAUAGGUUGAUGCAGCAUAGA